GCUCAGACACACGCGCACGCACACACACGCACGGGGAAAAGAUGUGAAGAGGGAGCUCACACACACCUCUCCUGAUUCAGCGGAACAGAUUUAUUCGUCACCUCUCCUGCAGCCUCACGCAGCGCGCCUGCUGCAAAACACAAGACAAUCCCAAACCCAGCAGCACCUGGCCCGUCCGUCAUUCCGCCCGUCUGUCUGAGCAGAUUAACGGCUCUGUUACAACUCCGACUGCGUGCUUACUGGCGUCCACUGCAGCUGAGAGACGGAGGAGCGGGGAGGGGGCGAACGACGGGCUGAAACCCACCAGAGGGACGAGCGACGAAUGUGAAUGAUGGGGAAACUAAAAAGCGACGACUGCAUUGAGGACGGGCCAGUGGAGAAACUGCGGGACAAAUAGAUAACCAAUUAAAGCUCUGUUGUUUCUGCAUCGCUACCUUAGGACCCCCACCACCACCCCCCUGCAGGGAGAUGUUCAUCAUUAUGGGAUAGGUGCAAAAGGUCUGCCCGUUGUCAUGGAUACCAGCACGCGAAAAUUCACAGUGCGGAGAUGGUUUUCUAUCUACCUGAAGAACAAGGCUGCAAGAAACAAGAACACCACUGGAUUCUGUCAGCUAGAGGAUGACAGCAUCCUGAAAGAGAUUGACAUCAGCCACCAUGUUAAGGAGGGCUGUGAGAAAGCAGACCCUUCUCAGUUCCAGCUCCUUAAAGUGUUGGGACAGGGCUCCUAUGGAAAGGUGUUUCUGGUGAGAAAGAUCAGAGGAGUGGACAGAGGACAGCUGUAUGCCAUGAAGGUCCUGAAGAAAGCCACGCUGAAAGUUCGGGAUCGAGUGCGGUCUAAGAUGGAAAGGGACAUUCUGGCUGAAGUGAACCAUCCAUUUAUAGUUAAACUGCACUAUGCCUUCCAGACAGAAGGGAAGCUCUAUUUGAUCCUAGACUUCCUCCGAGGCGGAGACCUUUUUACUCGUCUGUCAAAGGAGGUGAUGUUUACAGAAGAGGAUGUGAAGUUUUACCUUGCAGAGUUGGCCCUGGCCUUGGACCAUCUACACAGUCUGGGCAUCAUCUACAGGGAUCUCAAACCUGAAAACAUUCUUCUGGAUGAAGAAGGGCAUAUUAAGAUAACCGACUUUGGAUUGAGUAAGGAAGCCAUUGACCAUGAUAAGAGAGCGUAUUCCUUCUGUGGAACAAUAGAGUACAUGGCUCCAGAAGUCGUAAACAGGAGAGGGCAUACACAAAGUGCUGACUGGUGGUCAUUUGGGGUGCUUAUGUUUGAGAUGUUGACAGGAUCAUUACCAUUCCAAGGAAAAGAUCGUAAGGAAACAAUGGCGCUUAUUCUAAAGGCUAAGCUGGGAAUGCCACAGUUCCUCAGUCCUGAAGUGCAGAGUUUAUUAAGAGCACUCUUCAAGAGGAACCCUGCUAAUCGACUAGGUGCAGGACCAGAAGGAGUGGAAGAAAUAAAAAGACAUCGCUUCUUUGCAUCAAUAGACUGGAAUAAGUUGUACAGGAAGGAAGUGAGGCCUCCUUUCAAACCAACCGUCGGAAGACCUGAAGACACUUUUCAUUUUGACCCUGAGUUCACCUCCAGAACACCGACUGAUUCUCCAGGCAUCCCUCCCAGUGCAAACACACACCAGCUGUUUCGCGGUUUCAGCUUUGUUGCAACUAACCAAAAUCAGGAACCCAGUGUUGCUACAGUGGCGCCUUCUCGUCAGGAGGUGAACAACAUCGACCCCAUAGCACAGCAUCUCCGUGGUGAUGUGGCCUUCAGUGAUGUUUACGAGCUGAAGGAAGAAGUCGGACAGACUGCGACUUCUGUCUACAGAAGAUGUCUGCACAGGGUUACUGCUGUGGAGUAUUCAGUGAAGAUUAUUGACAGAGCAAGGAAAGAUCCAUCAGAAGAGAUUGAGAUUCUGCUGAGAUACGGACAGCAUCCAAAUAUUAUUACCCUGAAGGAUGUGUUUGACGACGGCCAGUGUGUGUACCUGGUUCAGGAUUUACUGAGAGGAAACGAGCUGCUGGACAGAGCUCUAACGGUGCCAAAUUUUACAGAGAGAGACGCAUCAGACAUCAUCUGCACACUGGCCAAGACUGUGGAAUAUUUACACUCACUGGGGGUUGUGCAUCGAGACCUGAAGCCCAGUAACAUUCGGUAUUCUGAUGACACUGGACGUCCAGAAUGCAUCAGAAUUUGUGAUUUUGGAUUUGCCAAGCAGCUCAGAGCUGAGAAUGGCUUGUUGAUGACGCCCUGUUACACAGCUACAUUCAUGGCUCCUGAGGUUCUGAGGAAGCAGGGUUAUGAUGCAGCCUGUGAUAUCUGGAGUCUGGGGAUCCUGCUUUACACCAUGAUAGCUGGUUUCAGCCCAUUUGCCAGCAGUCCUGAGGACACAGCAGAGGAAAUUCUGGCUCAAAUCGGCAGUGGAAAAUUCAUCAUCACCGGAGGGAACUGGGACCUGGUGUCAGAUCCAGCCAAGGACAUUGUGAUUAAGAUGCUCCAUGUGGACCCUCACCAGCGCCUGACUGCUCCCCAGGUUCUUCGUCACCCCUGGAUUGUAGAAAGAGACCAGCUGUCUGACAGGCCUCUGGCCAGACAAGAUGCACUCACCGUCAAGGGGGCACUGUCUGCUACCUACUCUGCUCUGAGACGUUGUGCUCCAACUCCUGUCCUGGAGCCUGUUCAGUCCUCCAGCCUGGCUCAGCGGAGAGGGAUGAAGAAACUGGAGAGUCCAAAAGUGAAUACAGAUCCUAAAGAGAGGGAGUAGUCUCAACAAUGUGACUGAAACUCUAAGGAAAUUACCAAAAUACUCAAAUAAUUAAAGCACAAACCGUGUUGUAAAGUGCUUGUAGGCCUAUAAACUGAAUGUUGCAGAUCAAAUAAACCAGGAGAUCUAGUGGUAUUCAAUACAUGGAGUAAUGAGGAAAGUUACUCCAAAAAAGGAACAGAGGCAUGGCAGCAGUUUUUUUUUUCAUUCUCUCAGUUUUAAAUAAAUCUCACCCCUAAGGUACGAAGCCCAAUUUACUAAAAUAAUAUAGCAGCUCACUAGAUUUGACAUCAAGAUUUGGUUUGGUUCACUUUAGUUCACCCAAUUCAAAAUGUAAAUUUUGAAUCUCAUAAAUUUUGAUACUAAUAUGAUACAGAGUCAUCUAACAUCUGCACCUGCACAGAGAAUUUGACUCUAAAAUUAAUCAGAACUUUAGGUCUCUCUCAGUUGUCCUAUGGGUAUUACAAGCUGAGUUUGAAACUCUCAAUUCGCUUCUUGCACAAUAUGGCAACCGCCGAUGUUAGAACUUGACUGUGUGGGCCAGUACUUCCGGUCAAAACUUCCGGUGAUAUAACAGCGAUCGACAGGCAACAGCGAUCGAGUUACAUUAACAGAGAGAUUAUUUUAUUUUAUUUACAUAGCAGUAGCCAUGUAGCUAACAUUUAGGUCAGUUGUCCUGUAUUUGUUGAAAAAAAACUGAUAAUUCUAAAAAAUCUACAGGACAACUGACCUAAAUGUUAGCUACAUGGCUACUGCUAUGUAAAUAAAAUGCCUCUCGAUUGCUGCUGUCUCUCGCUGUUGCUGUUAGAUCACCGGAAGUUUUGACCGGAAGUACUGGCCCACACGCUCAAGUUCUAACGUCAGCAGUCGCCAUAUUGUGCAAGAAGCGAAUUGGUUCAAAAAAACAAAAACAACAAAACAUUUAGGCCUAUCUGUGUUUUAUUUCUGACAACAUUUUUUUAGGCUGAUCAUGCCAAUAGAAUUGCCAGGAAUCAGAAUGAUUUGUAGCUGAUAUGCAAAGAUAUGGACAUUACUUAUUUUUAGUCAUACAUGUUGCAGUACAAUUAGAGCUGAAAUGUAAUAUACACGGAUACACUGUUACCUGCCUUGAUCCAUAACCAUAGUAGCUCCUGCGCCUGAAAGUGAAAUAAAUUAGUCUGGACAUCAAAAAAAAAAAAAAAAAAAGUAUUCUGUGCCACAAA